UUUAUAUUUGCAGCUGGAAGAUAUAAACAAAUUAAAUUCAUAAAACAUAAUCAAAAUGAUUAUCAAUUGUGCGGCAUAUAUUUCUCACCUGUUGCACCUUCAAAUAAAACACACUCUAUUAAUUUCUAAAAAUAAAGUAAAUUACUAAAGUAAUAUACAAUGUUUUAUUACAUUUAUUUAUUUUAAUUAUUAAUAAAAUCUAAUCGGUUUUUCAUAAAAUAUGGUACUAUUUAUAUAGUGUUUCUAUCUUCCUCUAUAUUUGUUGAAGUAUAUGCUCUGAAGGUCACGUGUUGCAAAUAGUGAAUAUUUUAGAGUAAUAGUUAUAAUAUAUGUAUAUAAGUAUAACGAAAAAAUAACGAAUAUAUAAUAAUAAUAAUAAUAAUAAUGAAUUAUUAAUCUCACUCUGGAAAUUUUACGGUAAUAUGAUUCCUUUGUUUCCCGCACUUAUAAUUAAUUUUUCAUAAUUAGUGCUUAUCCAUGAAUCAACAAACUCACUUGUCAACGAAUAACAUACGAAUACUUAGUUCAGUUUAAAAUCAAAAUUUAUAAGAAUUAAUCUUAAAAAGUUUUAAUGAAAUAUAAUUGGAUAAGAAGUCGGCCAAUAGCCAAUCAAAAAUCAACAAUUCGAUUAAAAAAUGUUAAUUUGAAAAUAUUUUAUAUCCUUUUCCUUUUUUAUUCUGAAAAUCAUAAAAUAAAAAUCGUAAAAUAAAAAUUCUUAUUUUUCAUAUAGUUAUUUGCUGUCAUUUUGAGUAAUAUCUCUAGUUUAAUUACUAGAGAUGUUAGAGGUUAUUUUUAGCGAAUCCUGUUCUCUUGUUUUAUUAAUCCAUGCAAAGUUAUAUUCUUUGAUACAUUGGCGCGUUUUUUCAUUCCUUGUAUAUGCGAAUGUAUAUUUAUUGUAAAUUCAAAAUAUUAUUAAAUUUUUGUUUUUUUAAAAAAAAAUAAUUAUAGUAAAUAGUCAGAACAAUAUUAAAUUCAUUUUACUUAAAAAAUACAAGAGUUGUUGAUUAAUGCAUAUUAUUUUUAUUACAAUAUAAGUAUACCAAUAAAUGUCGUGUAGAAUAGCAAACAAUUGACUAUAUGCAUUGGUCAGUUUCGUCAUAAUUAACAACUUCAGGUAUUCGUUCUUAUAAAAUGGAAUGUUUUAACAAAAGUUUUUACUCGUCAUUGAUAUUUAUAAAUCAAAUGAUAUAUUAUAUUUUAAUAGUAUUUUAACAAGUGUGAAUAUUUAUUACUAUUCCAUACCAACAAUUAUACAUUCAUACAUACAACAUAACAAUUAUACAUUCUUUAUCAUCGGAUAUACCGCUGUUACUGUUUUUUUUUUGUGGCGUGAUAGUUUUUGUACUAAAAAUAGAUAUUGUGAUUAUAUUAUUAAAGUAUGUAUUGUAUGUAGUUAAGUAUAUGAUUAAAUAUAUAAUAUAGUAAAUAAUCAUCUGACUGAUAAAAACAAUAAAAUAUCACAAAUGGAUAAUGAACAUCUUAAGAAUCAUAACCUCACAAAUGGAACUGGUUUUCAUGCUGUAUAUAUACCUCAUGAGAACAAUGAAUUGUUAGACAAUAAUACAAAAGAUAAUCUUCAUAUUUAUACAAACAAAGCUGAAGCUUUAAGAGUAAUAAAGGAACAUAAAACAGGACGUUUGAAAACAUUUAAGUCUUAUACUGAUGCUGAAGAAUAUGCAACAACUGGACAUGAACAAACGUACAAUUGUGCUUAUAAUACUGUUAAUGUAGGAGUCCCUGUGAUCGAAGAAAAAUCAAGUAACUUUAAAGGUCCUAAGACUCAAGAUCUUAUAUGUUUUAAAAAAUUGAUAGAAAGUGGAGAUUUAGAUGCAGUAAAAGAUACAAUUUGGGGAAAUCCUAGAUAUUUAAUUAGCAGUGGAGAUACACCUGCAAUUUUACAAGAAGGUUGUCGAUAUAAUGCACUACAUAUAGCAGCGAAAGCUGGUUGGGCUGAUAUAUGUGAAUUGAUAUUAAACACUGUAGGAGAUACAGAAUUCAUGCAUUUAUUUUAUGGUGAAGAAGGAAAUAAAAGCUAUGUGGAUCGUGCUGACGUUAUGUUAGAUUUGUAUUUAAAUACACCUGACAAAGGAUUAAAUGAGACACCCUUACACUUUGCAGUUAAAUUUGGUUUUCGAGAUGUAGUUAAAGUUUUUGUUUCUUAUUCACAAUGUAUUAAAACUUUGACUAAUAAGUUUGGCCAAGCACCUGUUGAUAUGAUAUGUAAGCGAAAGUGCCAAGGAAAUGAAUUGCUAAUAAAAGAAAUACGUAUGCUAUUAGAGGAACAGUAUUAUGUUCCAGUAUUGAGAGCUGAUGAUAAAACAAUGCAGCCAACCAUUGGUGAACCAUUUUCUCCAACAAGCCCUUUGAAUUUUAAUAACGAUCCUAUUAGUCCAUGUGUUAAGGUACGUGCAUUUGCUGGACCUAUGACAAAGUCACAAGCAGUAGAAUUUAGGAAAAAAUGGAAAACACCACCACGUCGUUGUAUUACUCCUAUUAAAAAAGAUAUUCAAGAAAUUAAUAUUUUAAAUUCUUCCAAUGAAAAUUUGACUUUAAGACUUCAGGAUACAGAAAAAGGACUUGAACGAAUUGGACGAAAUCUUGCUGAAGAAUAUAAAGUAUCUUGGAAAGAAUAUUGGCAUUUCUUGAAUGAUUUUGCUGAUUUUCAUUGUGUUGAUGGUUUGGCAAAAUUGGAAAAAUAUUUGGAACAAAGAUUUGUUAAACAAUCAUAUUACUGUGAUAAGAAAGCAACAAUUGAUAAAUCCAAUAUAGAUUCAAAACCAGACUUCUGUGAUGAGUUUGAUAGACUAUGUCUCAAAUUAAAAUCGAUUUCGUUAUUCAAUAAAUCCGAUGAAAAUGAUAACGAUGAAAAUGUAAUGAAUCUAUCAGGAAUCACAAAUUUAUCCGACGAUUCACAAAAUAAAUUUAGCAUAGAAAAUAAUGAUGAAUUUUUUACUCCACCAUCUACUCCACCAUUGAUACAUUCUGAUUCGGAAGAUGAUAUGUAUACUGCAGAAGAAGGCUGUACAUUGUUUAUUGAAAAUGACAUACCAACAAGAAUUGAUUAUGCUGUAUACAAUGCUGUUUCGCCUUCUAUUGAUCCUGAUACAUAUCCAAACAUUUAUCGUUGGCGACAUGAAAUGCAACUCAUUAUGAAACGUGAUAGGCACAGUUUCAACGUAGUAAAUACGAUUAGAAGAAAAUUAUUAAUGAGUCCAUAAUAUAUUCACGAAUAAAGUGAAGUAUCAAAAGGGCUUGUGAUAAUUCUUAUUUUAAACGCACAGUACGUUUGUAAGAGUUAAAGACUGUAAACAGAAUGGAAAAAAUUAGCAAGAUUUCCAACUCGAUAUUAAAUAAUAAAUCGUUUAUAUAUAUAUAUAUAUAUACAUA